UUUGACUUUGAUACCGAUGAUGCAGGCCCGUCCAAGUCCAGCCCCGGGCGCUACGUGCCCCGCGCCGUGCUCGUGGACCUGGAGCCCGGCACCAUGGACGCGGUGCGCUGCGGCCGCGUCGGCGGCCUCUUCCGCCCGGACAACUUUGUGUUCGGCCAGAGCGGCGCGGGCAACAACUGGGCCAAGGGCCACUACACCGAGGGCGCCGAGCUGGUCGACGCCGUCCUGGACGUGGUGCGGCGCGAGGCCGAGUCGUGCGACGUGCUGCAGGGCUUCCAGCUGACGCACUCGCUCGGCGGCGGCACCGGCUCCGGGAUGGGCACGCUGCUCAUGUCCAAGAUCCGCGAGGAGUACCCGGAGCGCAUCAUGACCACGUACUCGGUCAUGCCGUCGCCCAAGGUCUCGGACACGGUGGUCGAGCCCUACAACGCCACCCUGUCCGUGCACCAGCUGGUGGAGAACACGGACUCGACGUUCUGCAUCGACAACGAGGCCCUGUACGACAUCUGCUUCCGCACGCUCCGACUGCCCACGCCGUCGUACGUCGACCUCAACCACCUCGUGUCCCUCACCAUGUCCGGGGUCACGACCUGCCUGCGCUUCCCCGGCCAGCUCAACGCGGACCUGCGCAAGCUCGCCGUCAACAUGGUACCCUUCCCCCGGCUGCACUUCUUCAUGCCCGGCUUUGCGCCGCUCGUGUCGCGCGGGGGCCAGCAGUACAAGGCCCUCACCGUGCCCGAGCUCACGCAGCAGAUGUUCGACGCCAAGAACAUGAUGGUCGCCUGCGACCCUCGCUACGGCCGCUACCUCACCGUCGCCGCCAUCUUCAGGGGCCGUAUGAGCAUGAAGGAGGUGGACGAGCAGAUGCUGAACGUGCAGAACAAGAACAGCAGCUACUUUGUCGAAUGGAUCCCCAACAACGUGAAGACCGCCGUGUGUGACAUCCCACCCACGGGCCUCAAGAUGUCAGCCACCUUCAUCGGCAACACGACCGCCAUCCAGGAGCUCUUCAAAAGGAUUUCGGAGCAGUUCAGCGCCAUGUUCAGGAGGCGCGCUUUCUUACACUGGUACACAGGCGAGGGCAUGGACAAGCUCGAGUUCACCGAAGC